GAGUUGUCCGCAGCGCGAAGCGGCUUCAUGGCGUCCUGCUGACAGGAGUCCGACCAGCUGACUGCGCUGCUAUCUGUUACACAGCGAUGAAAGCCCUGCUGGUUCUGACAGUUUAAGAACUGUUCCGAAUUUAAAGUGACGGACUGAGAGGACCGGAAGAGAGCGGAAGGCACCGGAAGACGGAGCGAUCCGAGGAUGGCAGGAGUGUUUGACAUCGACCUGGAGACGGAGGACGGCAGCGACACAGAGGAGGACGCGUGUGAGGUGACAGUUGUUGAACCUGACAGCGGUCAGACGGAGGAGGUGGAGCUGACCAGUGAAAACGUGAACAGAGACAGCGAGAGAGUUGGACCGGACUGCUUCGAGCUCCUCACCGUUCUGGGCAAAGGGGCCUAUGGCAAGGUUUUCCAAGUGAGGAAGGUUCAAGGUCCCCAAACAGGAAAGAUAUUCGCCAUGAAGGUCCUGAAGAAGGCUAAGAUCGUUCGUAACGCCAAAGACACGGCUCACACCCGAGCCGAGCGCGAGAUCCUGGAGAAGGUCAGACACCCGUUCAUCGUGGACCUGCUGUACGCCUUCCAGACGGGAGGAAAGCUCUACCUCAUCCUGGAGUGUCUGAGCGGAGGAGAACUGUUCAUGCAACUGGAGAAGGAGGGAAUCUUUAUGGAGGACACGGCCUGCUUCUACCUGGGAGAGAUCACGAUGGCCCUGGGUCACCUGCACUCCAACGGGAUCAUCUACCGAGACCUGAAGCCUGAGAACAUCAUGCUGUGUCAUCAAGGGCACAUCAAGCUGACUGAUUUUGGCCUCAGUAAGGAGUCCAUCCAUGAUGGAACCAUCACACACACCUUCUGCGGCACCAUCGAGUACAUGGCUCCAGAGAUCCUCACCAGGUCGGGUCACAACCGAGCCGUGGACUGGUGGAGCCUCGGCGCGCUGAUGCACGACAUGCUGACUGGAUCGCCUCCGUUCACAGCUGAGAACAGGAAGAAGACCAUCGACAAGAUCCUGAAGUGUAAAGUCAGUCUUCCUCCGUACAUCACGGUCGAUGCCAGAGACAUGAUCAAAAAGCUGCUGAAGAAGAAUCCGGCUCAGAGACUCGGCUCUGGGAAAGACGACGCUGCUGAUAUCCAGAAACAUCCGUUCUUCAGACACAUCAGCUGGGAGGAGCUGCUGAACAAGCGAGUGGACCCGCCGUACAAACCGCAGCUGCACUCUGAGGAAGACGUCAGCCAGUUUGACACCAGGUUCACCAGACAGACGCCGGUGGACAGUCCGGACGACACCAGGCUGAGCCACAGCGCUGAGCUCGCCUUCGCCGGGUUCUCCUUCGUGGCGCCGUCGGUCCUCGAGAGUCUGAAGGAAGGAUUCUCGUUUGAGCCGCGAUCGCGUCACGUCCGCCGCCACAACAGCAGCCCGCGCACCCCCAUCAGUCCUCUGAAGUUCUCUCCGGCCGGGCCCUUUAAGUCCAGCAUGGACGGGGAAGCGGACCUGUUCUCCCCCACGUCUCCGCCCGCCGCUCCGCCUCCCGGCCCGCUGGAGAACGGCGCGGCGAGUCGGCCCAUCAAGACGCCUUCCAGGAACAAGAAGAAGAAGGAGCAUCGCAGAUGAGGCCCAGGAAAACCAGAGGGAUUCUGUCUGCUCCAUGGAUCAUCGUCUGUCGGCUCAUUUCUUCAGGUUUCAUUUAAAGCUCUGAAGAAACCAAACGACUAAAUCCUGUAGACUGAGGCUCCGCUGUACAGGAACUCCUUCUAAAUCUAAUUAAAGGAGAAGAAGGCAUUGAUUUUCCUUUAGCAGCUUCCCUGCGUGUUUAUGGGGUCGAGUUGGGAUUUGUGAUGGAUGGACUGGAAACUGUGGAGUUUAAUUACAGAGACAGGAAGCUCUGAUUUAAGGUUUUCCAGUAAUGAGUCUGUCAGAGGUCGACAGGAAGUUAAACUUUAACCCUUCUGUUCUUUUAGUGGCUUUUAUUUAUUUCUGCAUGUAAAAAGAAAACGUGAUGACAUCAGUCUGCCUGUUGGUUCUGUUGAGAACAUUUAACCAAUCAGAGCAGACUGGGCCUUAAAGAGACAGGAGCUAAAAACUCAAUAGGAAAAACAAUCACUGUCUUCAGCUUUGAAAUGAUGAGUUUGUAAAUUAUAACACAGAUUCUUUAAUGACUGUAUACAGAAAUCUGCUGAAUGA